AUGGCCGAACUUUUAGAAGCACACAUUGUUCAGCGCAUGACCGAGCUCAUGGAAUUGGACGGGAUGGCUGGUACCCACAUCCGGGUCCUAUCUAACUUGCGGUCAUUUUACGUGUCCAAAUAUAUCACGAGAUUCCGAGCGGUGCAUCCACAGAUCCCUCUGCCCAACUGGAUUGUGACGCUGGCUUCCCCUGGGGACCUGAGGCCAUCCGACACCGAGGUCAGGGUGACCAAUAUGCGUGCAGAACUAGACGGUGAGACGAACAGGCCCCCAAGUCCGCAACAAGGCAACGUCAUUUCAAAUGAGCAAGAAGCCAUGGACGAUGACCCACCUCGAAACGAUGACAACCCAUUACUUCCUCAAGCGCCUGAGAUGACGGAUAUCCGACCUCCACAAGAAGAUGUGGUACCCGUUCAAGGCCCUGACACGACCAAGGACGCAAUUCAUCAUGACAAAGAGAUGGAUUUAACUUCCAGUGAUGCAGAAGGCGAGGUUGAUCCUGAGAUCAGCUUUGAUGUGGGCAAUGGCCAUGUUGCUCAAUCUGGAAAAACUAAGGGGGCCACGGAUGGCUCAAAUACUGAGGGGACGAACAUGGAUAAACCGCUUUUCUUGCCAGAAUCAAAUCCACCUUCGGAGGACGACUCUCCACUCUGGGGUUCUAACCCUAAGGUUGGCAAAUCAAACAGGAGCUGUUCACCUUUGUCUUCGCCUCCUUCUGCCUCCCUUUCGGAACCUGAUAACCCUCAGCCUUCGCCACCAGCACCAAAUAAUCCCCCUCUUGGUCUUGGGAACGUGGUCACCCUGGGCCAAAAGCGACCCAUCACCCGCUCUUUGACAGGUGAUGCCACUCGAAAACACCGCCCCCGUUUAGACUCACCAAGUCUGGCCUCUUCUGAUUCCGACGAUUCAUCAUCUGAGUCUGAAGAGGAAGAAUCUCAGGGGGGCAAAUCAGACCUCACACACCCGCCACCGUUGCCCACGUUUGGUCACAUCCGUCAACCUCGCGAUCAAACCCCGGCUGACAGUGAUGAAGUUGACACUGAUGGGCCCAAUUCACCAAAGCCAUUGCCGAAGACCGCAGUUGUCACCACGCCCAACCCCACACCGGCGACCACACCACUUGUGCCAGCCCCAACAAGCAGCAACACGGUCAAUGCUGGCGCUCCAAAUCACAGACCGGCUGGCACAGGAACUACUCUUGGAGGCGGAGGGCCAGAUUUAACUGCUCGCACAAAGUCAACAGGGCCAACUGCCCCCACUAGAGGGAUGACUCCCACGGGGCCCUCUAGGGGGCCUAAUUCCCCUCCCCUGAAUAGUCCAACCACAAACAGCGGUGGGACCCCAGGCACAGCGGCGAAACAUCCGACUCCGGGGACACUGGGCACCGACCCAACCUCCCGCCAGGUACCCUUGCGUGAGCCAUCACCAGACCUGUUUGUCCGGCUGCCUGUGGGGGAUCUCAAAUGCCUUGAAUACUGGGAACAACACAAAGAGAGUAGGGUUGACCCAGUUAAAACGGCCAGAUUCAUCGAGAAAACACAAUGUAUCAUUGGUCUGUUGCCAGGUCUCCUGGGUUACAAAAGUCCGGCAAGGCCGGCAAUUGAGUCUCCUAUGCUGAAAAAUGUAAACCUUGUAAUGGACCGCUGUAAAAGGGACAAUGUACUUCUUGGACACGAUAGGGAUUGCUUCAUCGGAGUCGAAUUUGUGAAUCGCGCGUGCUUAGGCCCUAGGAAAAAACCGGGACAAUCUUCCUCAAUGUCCCUGCGGAGUGCCGCCAGCGUGUCCCCAGAGCCUGAACACCCUCUGUUUCCUAUCAUCAACUCCACGGCUGAUCCGGUGCGUGGGGCGUGGAAAAGGCUGAACGACACCAUCCACGAUAUCAUAAUGCUUCUUGCAUGUCAAAGGGCCAACAUGGUCAUGGAUGACCUCAAGGAUGUUGAUGGGCACUCUGAUGCUGCACUGGCCAAAGUCAUGGAGUUUUUCCAUGACAUCACCACUCGAGGCGCCGACGAUCCGAAACCAUCCCGCUUGAGGGUCCCUGAUGGAUCAGGAGAUCUUAGCUCAACAGGUAUGGGCCAUAUCUACACCAACAUAGCCCUAGCAGUCACCGCCUUGAUCAACCUACACUUCGACAAGAAGAGUCAGGAGAAGCCUGUGAUACUGAAAAAAGAUACCCACGAGAAGAUGAACCGUACAUCUACAAAGGCCAUCCGGAGUCUAUCACACCUACUAGUCUUUGGCCCGGUCUCAAUGUUCUCAUGCCCGACGGAUCGAAAGUAUUCAGCCCAGUGGCAAUCCUGCAUGCUUGUUGAAUGGGGCGCCAUGGUUGUCACGGAACGAGCACAGAAUGCAGCCAACUUUCCAGAGCCCCCCUGGUCAAAUUUUGGAAAUACUCGUCUUCAUAUCAUCAAUGCACUAUCACGUAUGGGAUUUGGGAACAAUGAACCCAUGGAUUGGAAGCAUGUGAUGAAGGUCUUUGAGGAGGACUUUUCCACUAAGAAACUCGCUGAGGUAUUAUGGGAGGACAUUGUUCUGAUGACGGACUAUGAUGUCCAAAAGGGGGCAACGGUUUUCUGGGCGGAUGGCCCACCUUACCAAGUUCAACAAAGCUAG